AUGAGCAAUCUAGUCUUGUCGAAUCAUAUUGGUCAAGCCCUUGUAAGAAGUAUGGGUGAAAUUUUAUUUUCAUGUGGAAGUAAUAAAAGGGCUGUUAUUGCAACUUUAAGCAUUCCAGAGAAUGACAUUCAGCGUUUUGAAGGGAUUUCACAGGAUGAGGUUAUUGCAAAAUCACUACAAGGUCUUUCCAUUGAAUCUGCCAUGGAUCUGCAGAAAGUUCUUAGAGUUGAAAUGUGCUCAUCACAAACGAUUGCAUUGCAACGACUGGAAGCAAAUCUUCCCUUCUUCCAGAGUCGAAUGGGGGCAUUGCUUUUCCUAAUCUCUGCUUUGCUUUCUCGAGGACUGGACUUGGUUCAAAGCGACAGGGAUGAUCCCAGCCUACCACUGGUUACUGCACCUUUUGGGCAUGCCUCCCAGGAAAUUGUGAACCUAUUGCUAUGUGGGGAGGCUGUCCCUAAUGUGUUUGAUGGAAGGAUGGAUUUAGGUGGAGGCAUGUUUCUGAAAGGUAUAUCCCGAGAUGUAGAAGUUGGAUUUCUCACUCUAUUAGAAUCCCUGAAUUUUUGCAAGGUUGGUCAGCAUCUGAAAUCCCCAAAAUGGCCUAUAUGGGUUGUGGGGAGUGAAUCCCAUUACACUGUGCUGUUUGCUCUAGACCCCAGCGUCCAAAGCGAGAAUGAACUGGAAGGAAGGGAAACUCAGAUUCGCAAAGCUUUUGAUGCACAGGAUCAGAGUGGAGGUGGUGGUUUCAUUAGUGUGGAAGGGUUCCAUCAAGUCCUUAGAGAAACAGAUAUCAAAUUUCCACCAGAGAAGCUGGAACAUCUUUGCUCUGCAGGGUUCAUUGUGUGGAGUGAAUUCUGGCAAGUUAUUUUAGAUCUAGACAAAAGUUUAGGAGGUUUGAAGGAUUCAUCAGGAUUGAUGGGUAAGAAGGUCUUUGAUCUAUACCAUUUUAAUGGGAUUGCUAAAUCAGAUCUGAAUGGUAGUCAAAUAAAUUCUGCGGGUGAAAUUCCACUGCAAAGACCCCGGCUCACAAAAUUGAGAGUUUCAGUUCCCCCAAGGUGGACGCCUGAGGAAUUUAUGGCAGAUGUUAAAGUUUCGUCUGCUCCUAGUGCAAGUGACUCUGCUGGGAAGGACAAUGAGGUAUCAAAACCGGAGCCUUCUCAGCAUGCACCUUUGGUGGACUGCGUAAGAACACGCUGGGCCCGUGCUACCUGCAGCUGGUUUGGGGAUCCUCCUAGUAUAGUUUGA